AUGCCGCUGAGCUGGACGCCGGGCAACCUGUCGGCGGCGGGCAACGGCAGCGGAUCGUUGCCAGAGCCGUCGGCAGACGGGUGGUCCUCGCAGGCGCGCGCGCUCUUCACCAUCCGCUGCGUGGUCCCUUCGCUGUACCUGUUGAUCAUGGCGGUGGGCGUGCUGGGCAACGUCACCCUGCUGCGCAUCUUCGCGGGCCGGAGCGCCGGGCGCAGCGUGCCCAACAUCUUCAUCUCCAGCCUGGCCGCCGGCGACCUGCUGCUGCUGCUCACCUGCGUGCCCGUCGACGCCUCGCGCUUCUUCCUGGAGGACUGGCUCUUUGGCGCGGUGGGCUGCAAGCUCCUUCCUGCCAUCCAGCUCACCUCGGUGGGGGUGUCUGUCUUCACCCUCACCGCCCUCAGCGCCGACAGGUACAAGGCAAUUGUAAAUCCAAUGGAUAUUCAAGCACCCAAUGCCGUCCUGUGGACUUGUAUAAAAGCUAUUGCCAUCUGGAUAAUUUCCAUCUUGUUAGCAGUUCCUGAAGCUGUUUUCUCUGAAGUGGUCCAUAUCAAUGAUGCAGAUAAUGUCAGUUUCACAGAAUGCAUACGAUAUCCUCCAAAAGAUGAUUUGCACCCCAGGAUUCAUUCGGUGAUGAUUCUCUUGGUAUAUCUCCUUAUCCCUCUUACUGUUAUUAGUAUUUACUACUACCACAUUGCCAGGAGUUUAAUUAAGAGUGCACAUAACCUACCUGGAGAACACAGUGAACAUUCUAAAAAACAGAUGGAAACACGAAAGCGCCUGGCCAAAAUCGUCCUAGUCUUUGUCGGGCUCUUUGCUGUAUGCUGGUUGCCCACCCAUGUGCUGUACAUGUACCGGUCCUUUAACUACAGUAAGAUUGAUCCAUCACUUGGCCAUAUGGUCAUUACUUUGGUAGCCCGUGUACUCAGCUUUUGCAAUUCUUGUGUCAAUCCAUUUGCACUCUAUUUCCUCAGUGAAAGCUUCCGGAGGCAUUUCAACAGCCAGCUUUGCUGUAGUAUAAUGCCUCAUCAACAGAGAUCUACCAGUUACCUGAAUGGCUCCUCAGCCAUUCGAAUGACUUCUCUGGAAAGCCAUGCCAGGAACACUGUCACCAUGACGACUCUGCUUAAUGGGCAUCACCCCAAACAAGAAAUAUCUCUGUGA